CCCCUCGGUGGCAGCGCCGCGCGCCGAUUCGCCGCUCGGCAGCUGUCGGCCGUCACGUGCAGUAGCGUCCCGGGAGCCUGGCUGUGGGCGGCGGGGCAUGGACCCUCAGGCGGCCCCCGGUCAGGGGUCCGGAGAGCCCUGUGCGCGGGAGGCCCCCUGCGCGGAGGUUGGCUUUGCCGCAGCUGACCUCUCUGGUCAAGAGACAGAGACUGAGAUGGCCAUGGAUCGACUAGGCAAAGGAGCCCAGAGCAUCCCUACUGGCAGCCCUGCCCAUGCUGAGGGCCCAGGUGUGGAAGAGGAUGGCUUUGUGGAGAAGGAAGACAAUGGGGAACUGUACGCCUGGGAGCUGUCAGAAGGGCCACCCAUGGAACAGGCUGCUGAUCUCUUUAGCGAGGAGGACUGGGACUUGGAGCUGAGAGCAGACCAAGGCAAUCCUUACGAUGCCGAUGACAUCCAGGGGAGCAUGUCUCAAGAGAUUAAGCCUUGGGUGUGCUGUGCCCCGCAAGGAGACAUGAUGUAUGACCCCAGCUGGCACCACCCCCCUCCACUGAUACCACAUUAUUCUAGGAUGGUCUUUGAAACAGGACAGUUUGAUGAUGCAGAAGACUAACUCGUCACUUUCUGCCUCGUGGGAGUUCGUGUUCUCCAGAUCAAGGGUUGUUUCCUGUGUUCAGUGAGAUGUCCUGUGCAGGCGUUGUUCCCAGGGUUCCUCAGCAUGGGCCACAGGCGGCUGUUGACUGGGGCUGCCGCUCUUCAUUUUGUUGUUAGUUCUGUUGUUGUUGUUAAUGGACACUUGGGUAUGUGUUGGCAUUUUUGUGUUCUUUAUAAAGGAAAAAAUAACUCAGUGUU